GGCAGCUGUCGGUACCUCGCAGAGAAAAUCACUCCCGCCAUCCCAGUGGUCGGUGGCAUCCUGUUCUUCUUUGUGAUGGGGACCCUGCUUCGGACCAGCUUCAGUGACCCGGGAGUCCUCCCUCGAGCCACUCCAGAUGAAGCCGCUGAUCUGGAAAGGCAAAUAGAUAUUGCCAAUGGCACCAGUUCAGGGGGGUAUCGCCCGCCUCCCAGAACCAAAGAAGUCAUCAUCAAUGGCCAGACUGUGAAACUAAAGUACUGUUUUACCUGCAAGAUUUUCCGCCCCCCUCGAGCCUCCCACUGCAGCCUGUGUGAUAACUGCGUAGAACAGUUUGAUCACCACUGUCCCUGGGUAGGCAACUGUGUGGGGAAAAGAAACUACAGAUUUUUUUAUAUGUUUAUUUUAUCCCUGUCCUUUCUGACAGUCUUUAUAUUUGCAUUCGUUAUCACACACGUCAUCCAUCGUUCACAGCAAAAGGGAUUCCUCGAUGCCCUUAAGGACAGUCCAGCGAGUGUGCUAGAGGCCGUAAUAUGCUUCUUCUCCGUCUGGUCCAUCAUUGGCCUCUCAGGUUUCCACACGUACCUUAUCAGCUCCAACCAGACCACAAACGAAGACAUCAAAGGCUCUUGGUCUAAUAAAAGAGGUAAAGAAAAUUACAAUCCCUACAGCUAUGGAAACAUCUUCACAAAUUGCUGUGUUGCCCUGUGUGGACCCAUCUCUCCCAGCCUGAUCGACAGAAGAGGCUAUAUCCAGCCUGACACACCACAGCCAGCAGCGCCAUCAAAUGGGAUCACUAUGUAUGGGGCCACACAGUCGCAGAGUGACAUGUGCGACCAAGACCAGUGCAUUCAGAGCACAAAAUUCGUUUUGCAGGCCGCAGCCACUCCCCUGCUUCAGAGCGAGCCCAGCCUCACCAGCGAAGAGCUGCAUAUGCCCGGGAAGCCGGGCCUGGGCACCCCAUGUGCUAGCCUGACGCUGGGCCAGCCCACACCACCUUCCUCCAUGCCCAACCUUGCCACAGAGGCUACGCUUUCAGACAUUAUGCCCCUGAAGGAUGAGCAUGGGGGCCAUCAGUUUCUGACCCCAGAUGAGGCACCCUCACCGCCAAGGAUGCUGGGGGCAGGCAGCCCCCUCACACACAGCCGUACCAUGCACAUGCUGGGUCUGGCCAGCCAGGACUCCCUGCACGAAGACUCCGUGAGGGGCUUGGUAAAGCUCAGCUCUGUGUGACCUGCAUGGCCAGCCCUGGGGACCACAGGUGACAAAUUACUGGACAUAGCCAAACGGACGUUUUCUUUGGAAUCUGCAGAGUGGGCGAGGGGAGCGGAGACCCUCAACAGGAAGAGCCUGGAAUUGAAAGAGGCUGCAUGGACACAGCGCCCUCUGUCCACUGCUCUUGGGACAGACAUGAGGAAAGUUUUCGACACUGGUGGCCAGACUGAAAUUGGACUUAAUGUUACGCUACUAAUUGAAAUCAACCCGCCGUUCCAUUUGUUCAUUAAAACAAAACGAAACAAAAGUCCCAAAGGGAAAAGCCGGCCAGACAUGGGAUUGCAUGCCACACUACAGUCUGUGUUACAGCGGUGGUGUUCCAGAAGAAAAGCUUUCUCUCUGUUUUCCUUCUUUUUAUAUCUUGUGAUACUUUCCAGUGAGACAGACUGAACCCGAUGGGUGAUGCCGUCCUUUGUGACUUAUUGGACUUAGCUGUAUGAGGAUGGGCAUUUCCUGAUGAAGAGGGUUACUGGGUGAGCAUCCCCUGCUGCGGAGGGCAACGGAGGUCCAUCCUGCCCUGGACAGACAUUUUAACCCUCUGUCAAUGCUUAGAUGGGUAUCGUAUUGUGCCACCAUGGGGCAGUCCUUGCCUCCUGUGUGAUGACCUUCCUGUGGACAGCCAAUAAAAUGACUCCUCUGUUAUUUUCUUGAUCUGUA